UUCGAUCAGUCUUUCCCCUUCAUCUCCACUGUUGUUUUCUUCUCCGACUUCGAAACCUAGCCACCGCAACCCGUUGCUCGCCUCCAUUCUUCGCUGCGUCGACGCCGCUGUUUUGCGUCCAGUUCUUCGCCGAGUCAUUUCCCUUAUCUCCAUCUCCAGAUUUUCCCCCUCCUGGGCUCUUGAAAUUUGCGCUGGAGUCUUGGCAUAUCUUUUUUGCACAGCCAUCCGACUUGUCUGUCCUCAUUAGGCUACCAUGCAGGGGAAUUCAUGUUGUGAAUCACAAAUUUGUCUUUGGAGUUUUCUUUCCUUUGCUGUGAAUCAGGAUUUUGAUUGAGAUUUGUUUGGUGGGCAACAAAUUUUUGAUAUUGGGCUAUUGGAGUUGCACUUCUUCUGUGAGUAAGAUUUGGCAGCCGUUUGGUCUUAUGUGCCAUGGCAAUUGAGAAGAACAACUUUAAGGCAUCAAGGCUUGAUUCUGAGUUUUCACCCCACAGUAGGGAGACUAUGUCUAGUGAUGAGGAUGAUCUUCAGCGGCGUAACUCAGCCGUGGAAUCUGAUGAUGAUGAUGAGUUUGAUGAUGCAGAUUCUGGGGCAGGGUCAGAUGACUUUGAUUUGCUGGAAUUGGGUGAAACUAGAGCAGAGUUUUGCCAAAUUGGCAACCAGACUUGCAGCAUCCCGUUGGAAUUAUAUGAUCUUCCAGGACUUGAAGAAAUAUUGUCAGUGGAUGUUUGGAAUGAUUGCUUGAGUGAGGAAGAGCGAUUUGAACUUGCCAAGUAUCUUCCUGACAUGGACCAAGAGGCUUUUGUUCGAACCUUAACAGAUCUGUUUACUGGUUGUAACCUCCAUUUUGGGAGUCCCAUUAAGAAGUUGUUUGAAAUGCUUAAAGGGGGCUUGUGUGAACCAAGAGUUGCACUUUACAGGGAGGGUUUGAACUUUUUCCAGAAGCGGCAGCAUUAUCAUCUACUGAGGAAGCAUCAAAACAACAUGGUUGUCAAUCUCUGUCAGGUAAGGGAUGCUUGGCUUAAUUGCAGGGGAUACAGUAUUGAAGAAAGGCUUCGUGUUUUGAACAUUAUGAGAAGUCAAAGGAGUUUGAUGUCUGAGAAGAUUGAUGAUUUGGUGGUUGGUUCAUCAGACGAAGACUCUGGUGAAGGGAUAUGGAAUAGAAAGAACAAGGAUGGGAAGAAUAUGCAGAAAAUGGGUCGUCAUUCUUCUCAUGGGGCAGGUUCUGGUUUGGAAUUUCACUCACGAGGACGAUCAGUGGGUGUGGAACCAGAAAAGUAUGGAAAGCAAAACCCGAAGGGCAUGCUUAGGUUGGCUGGAUUAAAGGCAUCUACAGCCAAGGAUCCAGCUGGUUACAUGUCUUCUGGGUACCAUGGUUUGGAUAAGAAUCCUGGGCUAAACGGUUCGACAAGUGUGUUUCCUCUGCAAAAGUCUGCGGCUUAUGAUUCGGGGUUGAUGAUGAGGAUGAGGGAUCAUAUGAGGAAUGGUGAUGCUGCUGAGGAUAUGACAUAUGAACUUGGUGUCCCGCAAGAUCGAAAUGCAUUGCGUGGCAAAAUGACGGAUAAAUCUGGUAUUAUGAGAAUGGGAAAGAGGCAUGAUCUUCUUAGAGGCGAUGAAAUGGAUAAUGACAAUAUAAUGAGUCUAUCUUUGUCCUCAAAGGCCGAUCUGCAUACUUACUCUCGGAAUGCAAACCAAUCCUCAGAUAUGAAAAUGUUCACAAAGUCAUUAUCUACCAGAGGUUCUUAUGAUUUUUCUAGAAAGGCUAAGCAUACUGAAAAUAGCCAACAAUUUGUUGAUGAUCAAAUCAAGCCUAAACUCAGGGGAUCACAGCUCCCACCUAAAGGAAGUCUUGUUGAUUCAUUAGAUCAUGAUGAAUUUUUUGGCACCAGCAAAACCCCUGGAGAUGAAUCUGCUCUGGAUUCAUCAUUUCAAUAUGAUGACUGGAAUUUGAGGAGCAAGAGGUGGAAGGCAGGGAGGGAGUCUCCUGAUCUCAGUUAUGCUGCUUAUAGAUCUUCUUCACCCCAAGUGAGUGAUAGACAUGCGCUCACUGACUUCAGAAAAAAAUCAUUGCAGGGUAAGGUUAGAGGGGCUUUUGUACAGAAUGGAGGACAAGAUAUGUUGGCUUCAAGAGGCAGGAGGAUGCUUCAUAGAGGUGAAGAAACCGAAUCAGACUCAUCAGAACAGUUGAAUGAUGAUGAGGAUGGUAAUCCAUUGUUGCAGAGCAAAUUUCCUUACUCAGUUAAUGAUGAUUCUCGCAUGACAAUUUUGAAGUCCCGCCUAGAACCCAAGGAAGCAAAGUUUGUGAAGAAAGACUUCAAGGGACAUGGGAAAGCAAAAUCCAAGAAGAUGGGUUAUUUUGGAGAGAAUUCUCUGCCUGGUGCAGAAAAUUUCAUUUCAAAGGAAAAACAGAAAGGUAAAAUGCGCCAAAGUGGCCGUUUGCAUGAUUUUGCCAAUAAACUUUUGGAAGAGAGCUAUCCCUCGAGUUCAGAGAAGCUUAAUGAUGUGAUGAUGAUUGGAGAGAAAACUACAUUGGGCAAGAAUGGGAAGGGAAGAACUGAGUUUGGUCGCUCCAUUCUCAGGUCUAAAUACUUGAAUGAUUAUAUUGGUGAUGAGGAGAAUGACUCACAUGAGGCACGGUUGGUGGUGGAUGAUAAUGGGGUUGGUCAGGGCAGAGUUAAGAAGAAAGGGAAAAAAUAUGGAUACAAGGAUGACCAAUAUGGAAAAUCUGAUGCGCAAUUUCUGGCGUGCAACUCGGUGACAAAGAAGUGGAAAAUGAAGGAUGAUGCAGCAGAUCUGGAUGGAAGAGAAGGGGAUGCCAAUCCUGUGUCUAAUUUUCAAACUGAUGAUUCAACAUCUUUCAAAAGAAAGUCAAAGAGAAAAAUGGAGAUUGAAGCAGCUAGUUCGGAUGUGGAUAUUUCUGAACUGCCCAUUGCAGAUUUGGGAACAGCAGAUACAGAGCUAGAAGCAAAACCGCAGAAAAAACCAUUUACUUUGAUUACGCCUACUGUUCAUACUGGAUUCUCAUUUUCUAUUAUACAUCUUCUUUCUGCCGUCCGUAUGGCAAUGAUUGCCCCUCUUGCAGAAGACAGUUUAGAGGUGGGAAAACCUAGAGAAGAUCAGAAUACAGCACAUGUAGGUACUGCUAAUGGUAUCCCCUCUAAUGAGAAGAUGGCCACCAAUUCUGAGCUUGCUGGCCAAGUGAAUACAUCUCUUACUGUCCAGGAAAUUGUUCACCGUGUCAGAUCUAACCCUGGUGAUCCUUGUAUUCUGGAGAUGCAAGAACCUCUGCAGGAUUUGGUCAGAGGAGUUUUGAAGAUAUUUUCCUCAAAAACAGCGCCAUUAGGAGCGAAGGGUUGGAAGGUGCUAGCAGUGUAUGAAAAAUCCACAAGAUGCUGGUCAUGGACUGGUCCAGUUCCUCAUAAUUCAUCUGAUCAUGAUUCUAUUGAGGAAGUGACAUCUCCUGAAGCUUGGGGCCUCCCUCAUAAGAUGCUUGUUAAGUUGGUUGAUUCCUUUGCCAAUUGGCUGAAAUGUGGUCAGGAAACACUUCAACAAAUAGGAAGUCUUCCUGCACCACCUUUGGAGUUGAUGCAAGUCAACCUUGAUGAGAAAGAGAGAUUUAGAGACCUCAGAGCUCAGAAGAGUCUUAACACUAUUAGCCCCAGUUCUGAGGAAGUCAGGGCUUAUUUCCGCAGGGAGGAAGUUCUUAGGUACUCAAUUCCUGACAGAGCAUUCUCUUAUACUGCAGCUGAUGGUAAAAAAUCUAUUGUUGCACCCUUGAGAAGAUGUGGUGGUAAGCCAACAUCCAAAGCCCGAGACCAUUUUAUGUUGAAACGUGAUAGACCACCGCAUGUUACUAUCCUUUGUCUGGUCAGAGAUGCAGCUGCCAGGUUGCCUGGAAGUAUUGGCACUAGAGCUGAUGUUUGCACAUUAAUUAGAGAUUCUCAAUAUAUUGUUGAAGAUGUCUCUGAUGCUCAGAUUAACCAGGUAGUUAGUGGGGCCUUGGAUCGGUUGCAUUAUGAACGUGACCCUUGUGUGCAAUUUGAUGGGGAAAGGAAGUUGUGGGUUUAUUUACAUAGAGAAAGAGAAGAAGAAGAUUUUGAGGAUGAUGGCACUUCAUCAACAAAAAAAUGGAAGAGGCAGAAAAAAGAUGCUACAGAUCAAUCUGAUCAAGGAGCAGUAACUGUUGCUUAUCAUGGGACUGGGGAGCAAAAUGGAUAUGACCUGUGCUCAGAUCUCAAUGCUGAGCCAUCGGGUAUUGAAGAUGAUAAGGGAGGAGAGCUUGUGUCUGAUGAUGUGAGGCUAAAUGUGGAGGACAAUAUUGAUACCAAUCUUGCAUCUGAACAAGGCAAUGUUGGUCAGGAUAAUUCAAUGGAUUGGGAGACAAUUGGAAUAAACACAAAUCGUGAGAGUAAAUUGCUGUGUCAAGAGAAUUCUGCAAAUGAAGAUUUUGAUGAUGAAUCCUUCGGAAGAGAGAGGUCUGUUGGACUAUCAAGUGCGAGCCUAUUAUGAAGAACUCUUAAGUCAUCAGCCUACCAGCACUGAGGAGCUCAAAUUCCCUUUUUCUACAUGUGCUUGUAAAUAUUUCAGGAUCUGGAGUAUAGUUCCUUUUGUACACCGGAGGACCGUGGAGCUGAACCUUGCACUGUAUUGCUUCACAAUAUUAUUAUUUCAUCUUGUAUAUAUGAUUCAGUUAAGAAUCUUAAGAUCGUGAUACUGCUACAAUAAGCUUGUGACUUCUAGCCGAAGAUAGAAGAGGAGAAAAUUUGAAAUACUCUCAAGUCAAAUAGCCUGGUCAGAUUUUAAGACGAGAUUUAUUAGUCAUUGGUUGAUUGAUAUUGAUAUUGUAUAUGCCCGAGAAGCAUGCCCAAAAGGAGAAAAAAAAAGAAGAAAAAAAAGAAAAAGUAAGCUGUAAUAUCAACUUGAGUUCAAGUGACAAACUUAAUUUUUUCCAACCUUACAAAA